AGACUGCGCGCGCCCAGGUAUUAGUUGGCGGAGGCGUCGAAGGACGCGUUUGCUCUGAACAUAGUCACGAAGUGGCCGUGCGAGCCUGCCGGCUGUGCGGCUGUCACAUGCAGCGAUGCAGCCAGUUGUCCCGUCCACGCUUGACGGUGCAUCGUUGCAUGCGGCUUCUAAACACGCGUACAUUCGAUUUUCACCCUGUCGGGAUUUACUUUUCACCCGCGUCCACGAGAAUCAAUCGGUCGAAUUCGAGGAAAGUACGCACAGGCUUCGAGAACAGAGCAUGCACCGACAGACGACGCCAGUGCCGUGGCUGCAGGCAAGCUAGGACAGGUCUGGACAUACCCGCGUAGUCGCAUCGUCGUUAUGAAUGGAAGCGGUCGUUCUGUUUGACAUAACCGUGUUGCAUCGCGACGAAGUAUCGAACGCAGCUCGAGAACCAUCUGGCUUACCGUCGAAGCGACCGGAGAGGAAUGCCGAUAUCUGUAUCGGCUGUUAAAUCCAACGAAGAGAAGGUGGACGCGCCGCAUUGUCCCGAGGAGGCCGUCGCGUUGAGAGCGGACAGGACAGAAACAGCUUUGCAAACGAGGUUCACCGUGUCGUCGAGAGGGGCGAAGUUCAAUGCAUUCGUGAAUUCGGGGAGAGAGCGUCGCGACAAAGAGGGUAUACUCUCGCGGCGCGUGGUACGUCAGUGAUCGGUGAAUACAGGCAGUCCUUGUUCUUUCCGUUCGAGAUUGGACGAAAAAGAGAAGAAGACAGAGAAAGAAAACGAGAAAAGGAAAGAGCAAACGGUAACCGGGGCGGAGGAGAGGCAGGAGUUGUACGACCGUCGGCAGCGUGCCGGCGUUUCGAGUGGCUGGGAGCCCGUGGACGGGCCACCCUAACUGCGAAAACUGCGGGGAGAGCUAGAGCGCGUGAAUGUAUUGGAUGCGAUGGCCGCGUAUCCGUCGUCGUCGUCGUCGUUGUGAUCGCCGUGAAAACGGUGCUACACCGUGGAUAUCCCCCGGAGACCUUCUACACCCAUGGACGCAUACGAAACGAAGCCGCAGCUUGUAUCGUGAUCGCGGCACGACGGUAACCUCGAGGAUGCCGCGAGCGUUGUUCAUGUCGAAUGGAAGGAUGGCGGGUUUCGAGAUCGUCGAUAGAAUCGGGAUCGACAGGCAGAAGAAGAGGAUCGUUUAAUUAUAAAUCGGACGCGCGGCGACAAACAGCCAAACAACGGCUGAACGUGUGGCGAGGUCCGGCGAGCUGGUGAGGCGAGGUCGGAGGUCGGUCUCCGAGCUGAGACACGAGGAUCGUCGUUCGAAGAUGAACUCCAUGGUAUAUACCCUGUAUGGGUUCGCGGUAUUCUUCAUGAUAUUCUGGUCGGGUAUGUGGAUCGUACACCUGCUGGCGUUGAUAGCCGGCCGCUGGAAGCUCCAUCGUAAAGUCACCCAGGUACCAACCUACGAGAUCCCAUUGCCCGGCGUGUCGAUUAUAAAGCCACUGAUGGGCGUCGAUCCGAAUCUGUUCAACAAUCUAGAGACCUUCUUCAUUAUGGAGUAUCCCCGUUACGAGCUGUUGUUUUGCGUCGAGGAUGACUCGGACCCGGUGUUGAUGCUGGUGCGCAAGCUGAUCGAGAAAUACCCGGAAGUCGAUGCCAGACUGUUCACCGGUGGCCGGAACGUCGGGGUCAAUCCGAAGAUCAACAACAUGCAACCGGCAUACGAGGCGGCGAAACACGAGCUCGUGUUGAUCAGCGACAGCGGUAUCAAAAUGAAGGAGGACACGCUGCUGGACAUGGUAAACUAUAUGACCGACAACGUCGCGCUGGUGCACCAGAUGCCGUUCACGUGCGACCGCGAAGGUUUCGCCGCCGCGUACGAGAAAAUCUUCUUCGGUACUGUACAGUCGCGGAUGUACCUGGCCGCGGACCUGCUGCGAAUAAACUGUCACACGGGGAUGUCCGCGCUGCUUAGGAAAGCGCCCCUCGACGAGGUGGGCGGCUUGAAAACGUUCGGUGUCUAUCUCGCCGAGGACUUUUUUUACGCGAAGUCGUUGACCGACCGCGGAUGGCGGAUCACAGUCUCGUCGCAGCCGGCGUUGCAGAACAGCGGCCACUGCGAGCUCCACUCGUUCCAGGCGAGGCUACGAAGAUGGGCGAAGCUCAGGGUGGCGAUGCUGCCCACCACGAUCCUGCUCGAGCCUCUGAGCGAGUGUUUAGUGUUAGGUGCCUGUGCUUCCUGGGCUGCCAGUGUACUGCUUGAGUGGGACUCGCUUGUUUUCUAUCUGGUACACAUACUGUUGUGGUUCAUGUGCGACUGGACGCUGCUGUGCGUCGUGCAGAACGGCCCGUUGCCGUUCAAUAAAUUAGAGUUCGUGUGCGGAUGGUUGCUCAGCGAGAUCACCAGGCCCUAUCUUUUCCUCCAAGCGGUCCUAGACCCUCUAAUACAGUGGCGGUCCCGCGUUUACAAGCUCAGGUGGGGCGGAGUCGCCGAAGAGGUUAAGACGAAAGUCAAAUAUUAAAAACGGACUAGAAAGGGAUAGACGCCGAAAGUCUCUCCAAUUUUUCCAUACGUCUUUCUCUCCCUGUUUUCUUUUUGUCGUGUUUUUCGUUCGAGUGACGCGUCUUGGGCCCUCGUAUGGGUACACGCUAGACCUCCUGCAAUCUGGACACGAGUACGAGUACACUGCUAGAAACAAGUCGUGCGCGGGUGCUAUUGUGCCACGGAAUCCACUGACAUUGUUACCGCGACCAAUAGAAAAAUUACGUGUAAUGUCUAAUAAUCGAUCAGGCUCGCAAUCGUUCCAGAAGACUUAUUUCUAGUCGUGCAGAGGGUACUCAAGGAUCCGAUCUUGAAUCCGAGUACCUGACUUAUCCGGAUUCGAGCUUCAUUUCCAUGUAUUCCGGGCAUAUUCACACAAGCAAGUGUAACAACACUCUUUCUAUAUAUAUAUAUAUAAAAAAAAACAAAACAGAAACUUAUUCAUUUCCCGUACAGAAAUGGAUGAAAUCUAUUCAAUUACUCGGAUUCAGAUCUAGCAAACAUCCGAAUACUCGGGCUUUGGGUAUCCGUAGAUUCGGAUACACAGUAAAAAUAAUAGUAAGAGCUCUAGUUACACACCCAUUAAGGCCGACAGACUUUUAUUCACGUAACAGAUGUUCAAGGGCAAGCAGUAUUAAUAUUAAUUCUCAAUUUCGUACUGAUGAAAGGAGCGGAGGAGGAAGGGGGUGGGGGGGAGCAAACUGUACCACUUUUGCUACCGAUCUUAUACUUAAUGAUAUAGAACUUUAAGUCGAGUCUUGAGAAUGGAUUUACGUUUGUUGACGUCAGGUCCACGACGCGUCGAGACCAACGUGACCAUAUGUUCGUGAAAUUCCAGUGCCGGACAGUCUGAGCGAAAAUUUGUAACUUUUCAAAUUUUUAUUUUACCUUUGUUUUAAUCGCGAUAUUUAUUUAAUAUUUAUUAUUUGUAUAUAUAUAUACAAAUAGAAUUACAAACAAUGUAAUCGUAAAAAGUAAUUUAUAAUCGGUACAUUUUUCGAAGUCACGGCUGUUUUGCACAAUCUGAGGCAUUUUUUGGUCAUGUUUGUCAAAUGCAUGCGUCCAUGCGACACGAUGCGUGGAUGUUUUUCUUUAUUUUUUUUUUUGUAAUGUCCGAUAUAUUUGCUAUUUUCGUGUACAGUACUUAUUAUACUUGUAUUACGUUAGAAGAGGAAUACUAAAAUACGCGCCGUAUACGCACGUCACACGGAGUCACACGUACACACGUGCGCGCCAAGGUACACACAGAGAGAUUCGUGUAAAUAUUAAAUGGGGGAUGUUUGUUGCCACGGGUGCGUACGCACGUCUUUCGUAAUAACGAUACAGCGCGAUACGCAAUUUUUCGAUUGUUUUACAUGCUAUAUCCGCCGACUCGCGACGGUAUGCUCACUGAUUGUGCAAUGUUUUGUUUCUUGAGCGUUUUCUUCACUGUUGUUUUUUUUUUAGCUACUUUUAUACUAGCGAGCUGCGCGCGCUUAAUUAGACUGUGGAUAUUAACAAUAAAAUGCAUUCGUUGGGGCCCGGCGUUCUGUCACAGCGAUACUUUCGUUCCAGUGUUUCGUGUCACUUGUAAAUAAUAAUAAUAACGAUGAAACCGGAAGUGUCGUCGAAAUGGAACGUUGGGCCAACGAUGAGUUGAACAUGA